AUGGGACAGGGUCCGCGCGGGGCCCUGCUGCGACACUUCAGGCAUGUCGAGUCCUUAAAGCCCCCAGCCACGGCCGACAUGGGUUAAUGUCAUCACCUCCGUUGUACAAGACGGGGCUCAGCCACAAUGCCGCUCUGCCUCCUCUUCUGCCUGAUGUUCCUCAGCCCGCCCGGGGCCACCCUGCACCGCCACGGCUCCCGGGAGACAAAGAAGAGGGUCAAGGAGGCGCCCGUGGUCAGCACGGUGGCCCCCGUGAGCGGGGACUUUGCCUUCGACCUCUACAGGGCCUUGGCUACAGCUGCCCCCGACCAGAACAUCUUCUUCUCCCCUCUAAGCAUCUCCGCGUCCCUGGCCAUGCUGUCCCUGGGGGCCCGGUCCGACACGAAGGCACAGAUUCUAGAAGGCCUGGGCCUCGGUCCCCAGGCGGGCUCGGAGCAGGGGCUCCACAACUCCUUCUGCCAACUGCUGGGGGAGCUCGCCCGGCCCAGAAAGGGCCUCCGGCUGAACCUUGGCAACGCUCUGUUCAUCAGCCCCACGGUGCCCGUCCAGGACGCCUUCCUGAGUGCCGUGAGGACUCUGUACCUGGCAGACACUUUCCCCGCCCACUUUGGGGACCCCGCAGGGGCCCAGAAGCAGAUCAACGACUACGUGGCAAAACAAACUGAAGGCAAGAUUGUGGACUUAGUUAAGGACCUGGAUAGCACUGAGGUCAUGGUUAUGGUGAAUUACAUUUUCUUUAAAGCUAAGUGGGAGACGAGCUUCGACCACAAAAACACUCAUAAGCAGGACUUCCACGUGACUUCGGAGACGGUGGUGCAGGUGCCCAUGAUGAAGCACAAAGACUUGUAUUACUACUUCCUGGACCGGAGCCUCUCCUGCCGGGUGGUGGGGGUUCCCUACCAAGGGGACGCCACCGCCCUGUUCGUUCUCCCCAGCCAGGGCAGCAUGGGGCGGCUGGAGAAUGGACUGAAUGAGAAGACAUUGAGGACGUGGCUCAAGAUGUCCACAAAGAGGCAGCUUGAGCUCUACCUUCCCAAGCUCUCCAUUGAGGGCUCCUACCAGCUGGAGAAAGUCCUCCCCAAGCUGGGCAUCAAUGACGUCUUCACCUCCCAUGCUGACCUGACUGGCAUCACCAACCACUCCAACAUCCAGGUGUCUGAGAUGGUGCACAAGGCCGUGGUGGAGGUGGACGAGUCGGGGACCAAAGCGGCUGCAGCCACAGAGACGGUCCUCAUGUUCAGGUCGGCCCCAGUUAGCUCUCCCAGGGUCAUCCUCAACAGGCCCUUUAUCAUGCUCAUUGUAGAGAACUUCACGAACAUUCUCUUCCUUGGCAAAGUGGCCCACCCCUGA